AUGCCGGAGCUUCGCAGUGGAACCCGGCAAGGUCGUGUGAAAUCCAAAAGGGUAGAUGAUGCACCACAGCCACAGCCCAUUGAACAAGCCGAGAACUUUGCUUUGCCAGCUAGUAAUAGGACAGGUAGACGGGUUGGUGUAGGAAGGGGAAGAGGAAAUGGUGCAGCAGUAGCCAAAGGGCCAGCUGCAGCAAAAGUUAGAACCAUUGGCGGCCGAGGGAGUGGGAUCAGGGUGAUUGAUCUAGAUCCAGACAGACCUUGUGAAGUUCUGCCUGCAGCUCCCAUUCAAAUUGCUCAAGACCCAGUUGUGAAUCAGACAGCCGUGCACCCUCCUGAUAAAAUUGUUGUAAUGGAGGAAGGAAGUCCGGAAAAAGUAGUAGCAGCUGAAGAAGAAGCAACGACAGCACCUGUUCCUGACCGGGUAUAGAUCUAUUGAACCCUACAUCUUCUCAGUUUUGUUUUUUUUUCUAAUUUCUUAUUUUGACUGAGUACCUGACUUUCCGAUACAGAAGUUUAACAAUAUUUUCUUGACAUUUCACAUGUUUCAAAUGAUAUUCCUUCUAUAGUAAUGUUUAUUCAAAUAAUGUGCCCUAUGACAUUGACUUUUGCUGGGUGUGUCGAUGAAUGUCUUGCAUAUUUAUGUAGGGUUGUACUUAAAUUGGUACAAGGCAUGCGAUAAUUUCCUGGUGGAUGGCCAAGAAAUUUUCAAUGCAGCUCUGGCCAUAACAUAAAUAUUUUUUUCCCCAAAAAGAUAUGGUAUAGGAUGGAAUAUAAGAGGGAAACGUCAGAUAUCUUGUCAAGAGUCAAUCUUCAUUUUUUUUUAUCCCAGUGAUAAACAGGAACGUAAAGCAAGCCUUCAUGAUACCAGCGUUAUUCCUUUUCUCAAUCAUUUAUUUAAACUCAAAUGUAUGCUUGAGCACACUUUUCUGUUCUUAUUAGCCUUUUGUGAGGUUCUCAUGCUUGUUUAUUUUGAGGUUAAUAUAUUUUCAUCAAGGCAUCAUAAAAUUUCUCCAUUUCAUUUGCACGAUAGUUCUUUGCCUUUUGCAUUCUGGAAGACAUUUCUCAGGAUAUCUAUUGACUAAUAUAGAUUACCCAAUGUCCACCUGAUUUUCAAACAGACUACUAUCAUACUGCACUUACUAUAUACCUGUUCGGAAGUGUGUAGAUUCUUCUCGUCGCUGAUGUCGCCUGCUCUUUUUAGAAGUUCAUUUGGAUCAUAUCUUUAGAUCCGUAGAACUGAGAGCCCAUCAAGAUUGAUUCCUCUAGAGGGGGUGUAGAUUAUUCUGUGUUCUAUUAGAGGAGUCAAAUGAAACAUUUUGGAAAAUGCCAAUAGUAACAAUUGAACUUAUUUUCCCAGAGAAAGCCAAGUAAUUAAGCAUCUCUUCUUACUACUAGAAAAGACCAAAGAAUGGUUGUUUGAUUUUGCAGUGACGCUGUCAGCAUAAAUGAUGGACAAUGCGUUGUCGUUUUGAUCUUACAUUUGACAUUAUCACGAUUAUCCUUUGAUUGUUUUCUAUCUUUAGGUGCAAGUUGGUAACUCCCCAUUAUAUAAGGUUGAUAGAAAGCUGGGAAAAGGUGGUUUUGGUCAGGUCUAUGUUGGUCGAAGAGUAUCAGGUGGAUCAGAUUGCCCAGGAGCAGAUGCCUUUGAGGUGGAAUUCACUAUUUUUCCCAUAACUUAUCCUGAUGCCAAUAUUAAUUUGCAUUUAGUAAAAUUUAUUAUCCGUUGACCACAGGUAGCACUGAAAUUUGAACAUCGCACCAGUAAAGGUUGUAAUUAUGGGGCUCCAUAUGAAUGGCAAGUCUACAAGUAAGAAGUUAUCCAUUUCAGAGCCUCGUGCAUAUUUUCUUGUGCAUUAUCUGUGUGUUUCAUAUCUAAUAUAUCCAUAUUUUGUUAAAAGUACUCUCAAUGGAUGUUACGGACUGCCUUUGGUUCACUACAAGGGUCGUCAAGGAGAUUAUUACAUUCUGGUAUGGUGGAACUCCAUCACGAAUAUGAUGUAAACGUACCAAUCAGUGGAAAUUAUAAAUAACUUUAUUGCUUCAGGUCAUGGACAUGCUCGGACCCAGUCUUUGGGAUGUGUGGAAUUCUGUUGGCCAAGCGUAAGUAUUAUGCUAUAUCUUCUCCCUUGCUCUCUGGGUAGUGGUUCUAAUUUUCUAAGACCUGAAAUGUUGGAACAGUAUGUCACCAAGUAUGGCUGCCUGUAUUGCUGUGGAGGCCAUUUCAAUUCUUGAGAAGCUUCAUUUAAAGGGGUAUGUAGUUAUACUUGAUUUUGUUCCCCAAGUUUGUUUGUUUUCACUUUAGUGGGUGUCCCACUCUAUACUUGAAUUGAUUCCCCAAGUUUUGAAUUUGACUCGUCAAUGUGUUGGCUGCAUGCAUCCAGAGGGGUAUACGCCAUUUAGCAUGCCAUUCGCCAUAUCCUGGUUUUCCACGCUUUCAGGGAUUUUAGAAUCUCAUCCUUAUGUUGCCAGUCCCUUUUGUCUUUACUUUGUGUUGUGGAUAGCAUGGGUCACCAUAUGCAGUGUCUGGGAACUUUUUUCUCCAGUUUGUUAUAAUCCAUUAUUCAAUUUAAUAGCAUAUUUGGCGAAAUUACGUGCUGCUCGUCAUCUAUUUUCUUUCCCUGGCACAGGUUUGUUCAUGGAGAUGUUAAGCCAGAGAACUUUUUGCUUGGCCAACCUGGAUCACCUGAUGAGAAGAAGCUUUUCCUUAUUGAUCUUGGGUUGGGUAUGCUAUAUUUUUGUUCCGUUGUUUCUUUUCAAAGUAAACUACUUUUUAUAUCACCAAAAUAAUCGAGUCAUCUGUGCUUUACUGAGAAGUUUUCGCUGAUUAGCUCAAUUCUUGGACUCUUGUAACCCAAGCAUAGAUUUUUAUCACCAGUAGCAUCUCAUGUCACUGAUAUAAAUUGUUCAGCCUCAAAAUGGAGGGAUUCGUCAUCAGGUCAACAUGUUGAUUAUGACCAAAGACCAGACAUUUUUAGGUAUGCACAUUUUAAAUUUGUAUGGAUUAUUUUCUCUAUGUUUUUGUCUGACGACUUUGUCCUGGCAGAGGAACAAUAAGAUAUGCAAGUGUACAUGCGCACUUAGGUCGCACAGGAAGUAGAAGAGAUGAUCUCGAGUCUCUGGCCUACACAUUAAUAUUUCUCAUCAAGGGAAGGUUACCCUGGCAAGGCUAUCAGGUCGUUAGCCAUGUGGCUGUUUUCUCUGAAUCUUUCGUUUUUUGAGUUGAGGUGGGAUUCAAGAACUCAUUUUUUCUGGUGCUGCAGGGCGACAACAAAAGCUUUCUUGUUUGUAAGAAAAAGAUGGCCACUUCUCCAGAGAUGUUGUGCUGUUUCUGCCCACCUCCAUUCAAAAACUUUCUCGAGGCAGUGACAAAUAUGAAGUUUGAUGAGGAACCAAACUAUUCAAAGCUUAUUUCUCUUUUUGAAAGUCUGAUUGAGCCAUGCACAGCUUUGAGACCUAUCAGAAUAGAUGGAGCUUUGAAGGUUGUUGAAUAGAUCCUGAAUAUUUGUAUGCUUUGUUAUUUUGAACGUAUCAUAAUAUUAUUGUUGCAUGUACUCUUUGUGUUGAUUCGAGUUCAUACUAGAAGAUAGCAUCUUUAGUCCCUUUGCUUUGGUGGCAGGUCGGACAGAAACGUGGAAGAUUGCUCGUAAAUCUCGAUGAAGAAGAACAGCCUAAAAAGAAAGUCCGACUGGGAAGCCUAGCAACCCAGUGGAUUUCAGUAUACAAUGCACGCCGUCCCAUGAAACAGAGGUAAUGAAUAAGCCUAAAAUGGCAUAAAAUACCAUGCAUUCAUAUUACUGAUAUUCGAUGUUUACAGCAUGAAUGUUUUCGAUGUGUAAACAAUAUUUGAUGAUUGUGUUGCUAGAUUUCAAGUUCACUUGUCAUGAAAACCACAGUGUUCUGUUGUACUCCGCUUUUCUUGCUAGUAUGUUAUUCUUUUAAAAAGGGCGUGAAUGUGUUAAUUAACUGGAAACUUUGUAAGUGGCUGAGAGUUGUAAAAGUUUUAAAUUGGCGAAGCCCCAAUCUUUGUUAAUGAAUGCGUGAAACUUUUAAAACCCGUGUCAUACCAUAUACAUCAAAAGUCUCAUCAUGAUGGUCCAUCUUAUUCCAUGUAUAAGAAUCAGGAAUUCGACAGACAAUUCUAGCCACCCGUCUGAUGUCAACAUUCUGAAAGAUGUUGCCUAAUUAUUGCCUUAGGCACAAUCCACAAGAGUCUCCUGGCAACAAGGAUGCUUUUUAUUAUAUGGUAAGUUUAGGUUCAUGCGACGAGAGAGGCAACACUCGAAUUUUCUGUUAUUAUCCAUCACAGAGCGAAGUGGACAUAAUUUCUAUUCAUAAUUCUUUUCUAUUGUUUUUGGAUUAAAUUCCAUCAUUUUUAUGUGCUUUGUGGGUGAUUUUUAUUAAAUGUAGAUUUUUGUGAACUUUGUUAAAUAAAGAUGAUGCAGGUUUUUGGAUGAAAUAGAAGAAACUAUUGUCUUUUGCAUUUGAAUAUUUACGAAUAAGUAUCACUUGCAUUCUGAUUCGUCGAACUUUUUUUAAUAUUGAAUUGUUGUUAGGGGAUGGUGUUUCUUUAAAGGGGUUGUUAUCAUUCAGUUGGUUGGUUAGAAUUUUAUCUUUGAAAAAAAACAAAGUCCUGCACCGAUUUGUUCAAGUUCCUUAUUCAGAUCUUUAGUUCCAAACUCGUUUGCUUUCCUACGGAUACAGCAUAAGUAUUUCUUGUUGCUACUGAUGUUGUCAUCUGUAUGCAUCUUGUGGAUUUCUUCGGAAUAAUUCUUUUAUUAAUUUUUUGGUUGCAUAUAUUUUCCUUAUUCAUUGUUUCACUUCUUGUUGUAUUAGGUAUCAUUACAAUGUGGCAGACACAAGGCUUCGCCAACAUGUAGAGAAGGGUAAUGAAGAUGGCUUAUACAUCAGUUGUGUGGCCUCUUCUGCAAACCUUUGGGCGCUUAUUAUGGAUGCGGGAACAGGUUUCUGUUCCCAGGAAUUUGAAUUGUCCUCAAUAUUCCUGCACAAGGUGUGCCUACAUUGCCCUUUGGUAAUUUAUGCUGUCAUUCCUUUUGUAUCUACUGAAUAAAUAUUAUAUUUGAUUGCUAAAUUUGUGAUAGGAUUGGAUAAUGGAGCAGUGGGAAAAAAACUACUAUAUCACCUCAAUAGCCGGUGCAAAUAAUGGCAGUUCUUUAGUUGUCAUGUCAAAAGGUCAGCUCGCACAAGAAUUAAAGUUCUGGUUUAUUAAGGCUUUGCUUCUUUUGGAAAAUGAAUUACAUUACUGUUCAUUGAUGAUGAUUCGAACCUACGUCAUUAAGUUGGAAUUUUACGACUAUCAUCAGUGUGACCACCGGUAUUUUAUUCUGCUGUCAUAGCUUAAAUAUAAUUUGGUAUAAUGGAAGGAGCCACUGAUUUCACCAAUGAUUAUCUAAAUCAGAUAAUAUUCGAAGUCAAAUGUGCCAUUCAGUCUUGAAUAUUUCUCACCAGUCGUUUUUCAAUGCCAGAGAGGGCUAAGAUCUUGUCAGAGAGGGAAACAUAGAUUAUAUCCUCCCAUAAUUUCUCUAUUUUGCAUUCAAAUCGAGCAUGAUAGCACGGUCUUACAUUGCUCGUGGAAUUUCCAAUUCUGUUCUAAAUCAGAUAUUUCGGACUGAAUUGGCCGUCCUAUUGGAAAGUUUUGAAGGAUAGAAGAAAGGACGGGACGGGUUGCUGAUACUGAGACUGGUUGCUUGGGGGAAUUGGUCUUUGUAAAAAGGCUACACAUUGUAACUAGGAAAGAAGAAAGGGAGAGGAGGGGAAACUACGAGGAGCAAAAGAAGACAGAAAUACCAUUAGGGUGCAGUAGAAAAGGGAGUAAAAAGAGAUAAAUAAAACAAAAAGGAAAAUGAAGAAUGGAUAUUGGGAAAAACCAAUCUUUUGCAAGUGAUCAUCAGCAAUCGUUCCCACUGCUGUCAUAUUGUGAUGAGUUAAACUCCAGCUGAACGAUGAACAGAGGGGUAAGAGGAAUUGGUUGCAAUCACUGCAUGCACAGCAACAUGGUUUCAGUAUUGUCUACCCCACUGAUAUUCGUAGCUUGUAAACUCCAAUUUUUUUCAAUAAAUGUCAGUUGAUUGGCUGAAGAGCUGAUCACGGAGUUCUGUUUGUUUGCAUUCAACGUGUUUGGUGAUUGGAUUAAAGUAAUAAAAGGAGUCAGUUUAAUGUGCUUUUUUUUUCUACAGAACUAUUUACAUAUAAAAUUUAAUAUUGAAAAUUGUAAUUAUUUAUAUUUUCUUAUCAAGUUUUGGAUUCAUUAGAUUUUCAGAAUCUGAUAUAAGGAUCAUAUGCAGUUGCUUCCAGAUCCAAUCUAGAGUCCACAUCCUUGGACUCCAUAUUUUUAGACAAAGUUGAACGCCUGUAUCAUGAUUCCUUGAGUAAAAUAAAUCUAAGUGGGCAGAUAUGAAGCUUCACAAGUCAUGACAUGCAAAGUGUUUCGUUGCAAAAGGAUUGACAGUCACAUCCAGUAGAAAAUUUUCUUCUUUCUUCCAUGUGAUUCUCUUUUCAACUUUGAUCAACAUCUGGACAAAUGCAUCUUAGCCUGCUAGGACCUCCACUCAGAACCAUUUGAAGUUUAUACGUUACAAUUCUUUUCGUAUAAUUUCAAAUGGUCAAGGGAUUCCCUUUUAUGGAAUUAUAUCUCAUGCAAAGCAAAGGUACAAAUAUUUUUUGUGCCUUACGAUAGGAGAAGAAGAGAGAGUGACUAGGGGUUGUGUUUUCUGUAGAGCAAUGCAGUUUUUCGAGAGGAAGGAAUUUUGACGCAUUAUUGUUUUCUUGAGUCAUGGAACUUACCGAUACACGAACACUUGUGCCAAUUCCAUCUUUUGAAAGUGUUCCUUUGUCUCCAAAGAAAUUCGACUAUUAAUUAUGGAGUAUUUUGCUCUGGCUCCUGUCUUGUCUCCUCAAUCCCACCUGUUCCUUGCUUCUAUUAAUCACAGAAUUGCUAUUCGGGAUCUCUUACCUUUCAUGGUAAUUAUAUCAAUGGGAAUCUUAGGUAUUUGUGAUGCCAAGAAGAGGAUCAUCUGGGUCCCCCACCCGCUCAGGUUUUGGUCAAGAUCCCAUCUCAAGGUCCUUUUGAUGAUUCCUUGUGGAUUCGUAGAAGAAUCAUCUUCUUGAUUCGCCCAUGGUAUUUUCCACCAUUUUGGGUUCGCGAGAUCUGGUCCACUUGCGGCUUCUGAAAUAUGGGAAUAUUUUUCUCACCCAGAUUAAUUUUCAUUUUGAGGGGACGGCCCAUUCCUAAGAACAGGACCCAAACUAGACCGUGGACAGGCCCAGUGGGGCACGAUCUUCCUUCAGUGCGUUGACCACGACAAGGAUCGAAUUAGAAAAGAGAAAGAAGUUGGUUGGGUUUAGGGACGACAGAGGAAAGAAAAGAAAAGAAAAGAAAAGAAAAAGCCUUGCCGUCAUUUCUGAGAACCUUGAUCUAAAGGAAGCCAACCCCAGCUUUACACACUCAUCAUCCUUGUGACAUGUUACUGCUCAGGCUCUUGCUGCCAUUCUCGUAGGCUGAAACUGGCUUAUUACAAACUCGUGUAACUUUCAUUAAUUGUCUUUCUGGACGUUUGAAAAUUCCCUUAUCAUUUCAUUUGUCUCAAUCUUUUUAUAUAUUAUUAUUAUUAUUAUUAUCAUCAUUAAAGCGCAUUGACUCCCCCUUUCAUUUAUCAUUUAUCUCAUUAAAGCACAUCGAUCAACAUAUUUUCGUUGACUUAAAUCGUUCAGGGACUCCAUACACUCAGCAAUCGUACAAAGUAAGCGAGUCAUUUCCUUUCAAAUGGAUCAAUAAGAAGUGGAAAGAGGGCUUCCAUGUUACUUCCAUGACUACAGCCGGAAGCCGCUGGGGUGUGGUUAUGUCUAGAAAUUCCGGUUUUUCUGAUCAGGUGACGCCCUCUUCUCCGAUUGAACUCACUUCACUCUAUUGAUUUGACGAGGAAAGUACCCUCUUAAUUGACAUAAUGCGCUUGUUUCUUAAUCGGGGUAACAUGCUUUAUGACUUUGCAUAGAUUGGCUGUAGAAUGCAGAUUAAGUUCCUGGAAUGAGUUCCAAGGCGACUGUGGGCUGGUUGGAUGCAAGAUUUUCCAUCCAUCUCUAUCCGAGCUCUAAAAUAUUCCUUUUUUUUAAAAAAAAAUUCAACGCAGGUUGUGGAGUUGGAUUUUCUGUACCCAAGUGAAGGGAUCCACAGGCGAUGGGAGAGUGGAUACAGGAUUACCUCCACUGCUGCUACUGCAGAUCAGGCUGCCUUCAUAUUGAGCAUUCCCAAACGAAAACUCAUGGAUGAGACGCAGGAGACUCUGCGUACUUCUGCCUUUCCUAGUAACCACGUGAAGGUAUCUGUCAUUCUCCACAAAACAGGAAUGCAUACUGACGGCGCGAAUUAGCUUACAAUCGAUAAAUGGAAAUUAUUUUAGUAUUAUAUAACCUGAAAUCAGCUUGAAGAAGUAACCGGCAUAUUAGUUAAACCAUCAGCAUUAAAGGAGAGGUAUAUUGGUCCUUUUUUGAAGGGACUCCGAUGAAACUUCUGGUAGCUCCUAUUAAAUUUUUUAUUUUUAUUUUUUAUUCUCACCAAAUAUCCCAAGACAUAGGUGAAGAGCUCUCCCCCUGAUUUCUUUGGGAUCUGUUCGACCUUUGCUCCUGCUUGAAACACUGCGUAUCCAUUGCUUUAAAUAGUAUGUUCUGUGAAGCCUGACUGAUCCCAUACUUGGAAUUCCAUGGUUAUGUCCACUGUGGGCCAUUUUGACUUUUCACGUGGAUUUUGACCUUGAAUAGGAAGAGGCUUUUAAGGGAAGUUUCUAGAGAGAUUUUGACAUUUAUUUUGAGAGUCAAUGCUGGACAUUUAUUUCGAAAUCAUUCUCCUUAAAAUCAGCCAUAGAAGACAGUUUUUUUUUUUUUUCUGAGUAUGCUAGCAUCGAAUCUAGAGAGCAAGAAUAUGGGAUAAAUGCUGCUUUUCCAUGUUCCAUGCUUCCACGGAGAAGAACCAGAAACCGACUGGCAAGUUUUUUUUUUAACGUUGACUUUAUUGCUUAAUGUGCAUAGAUUUCAGGCAUCUUUAGUGCUGAAUCUGCCACUUGUUACGUCUUUUGGGAUAAUUUUUCUUGAUCCCUUUUAUCUGGGAUCAUCUCCAUGUUACUCUCCCUUAAGACACAGUUUAUACCAUUUUUAUGAUUUGUUUGCUCCUCCUUUUUUCUUUUUGGGCGUAAUUUAGUCGGGAAUUUCAUUAUCUACCUUGUACUGGAGCCCACUCUUCACAUGUUCUUUCCCACUUUGCUUCGAAAUCUGGAUAAUUCCUCUUCCCAUUCUAUACGUCCACUCAAGAAAGAUCUCUGUGAUCUGCCAUAAUUUCAUUGCUUCUUCGAUCAUGCCUCCUUAUUAUUGCCUUUGGAAACGUCUCCACAUAACCCAUCUGGGACAGGCACGAGAGGGUUGAGAGAGAGAGAGGGAGAGAGAGGAUGACUGUAUAAGAAGGUCACUUAGAGUACUGUAAUGGUGUGUUUGUGCCCAGAAGCUCAGGAAAGCAAUUAUGUUACUAUAUUUAUCUGUCCGUCUGAAUUUGCCUGAAGACGUGGUGUGUAACAGCAUGGCAUUGGUAUUUGCAGGAAAAAUGGGGGAAGAACCUGUACAUCGCCUCCAUCUGCUACGGGAGAACUGUCUGUUGA